GAACCAAGCUAGCUUUGAGCCGGUCAGUAGUGUUUUCGACUUUCGCCGCGUUAACUUGCAAGGAUUAAAGUAAAAGUCCAAAAAAACAUAAACAAAAUGAGUACGAAGGAAAAUAAAGAAGUCGCCGUAGAAAAGUUGGAAAACGACAAAAGUGCAGACGCCAAAUGUGAAUUGAAAGGCACCAAGAGGCCGGCCGAGGACAAAACUGACGACCCUAAGAAAGCAAAGAAAGAGGAAAAUGGCGCGACCUCAGAGGGAGAGGAGUUCGAGGAGGAAGAGGAAGAAAUCCUCGAAGAGGAAAGCACCGGAGAAGAAGACAUUCCUGAAGGUGAAGAUGAUGAACUAGAUGGAGAAGAAGAUGAGGAAGAUGUAGAUGGUGAGGAGGAUGACGCAUAAUGAACCGGGGUCGCAGCCGUCUGCCUGUGAAAACGAAUCUGUGACGGACAUUUUCAGUGCAAAAAUAAGAGCUACUUUGUGGCAAUGGUGCUGCUGCCAGCUCACAACACAUCCCAUACGUCGUUUGGCACCAACCGUAUCAUCAUUCAUCAAGUUUUUUCGCUCUUGUGACAUUUUUUCAUAGGUUUUCAUUUUUGCCACAGACUAGCUCUCAACUUUUGCUGCUGAUGGUUUACAGUGACCGUGCGAUGUGUGAACGCUAGCCGCGGUACCUGACCUCUUAUCUAACUUAUUAUUUAACUCCUCCUUCGAUUUGUAAAAAUGUCCAAUUUUAUGUAAAUGAUAGGUAUAAAUUUAGUUUAAGUCUCUUUUACCUUGAUUUUCGUCGCUUCACGUCAACUAGUAGACUGUUUUAAGUUUGUAAAAACGCAUUCAUUCGUUUUUUUAAAAUAAUAUAUGAAAACAGAUACAAUUUCUAUGAAGGUUUGUCACCGUCAACCACCUCAUAAUGCCGGCAGGUUAUUUGAAAGUUGUUCAACAGGUGAGUAUCUUAUUAAGGGCAAUAAAAUACAGAAAGUUUUUUAGGCUAAAUACAUAGAACUUAGUCUAGGAUCAAUGACUUUUUUUAGAUCAGUGUGUUUUGUAUGUAUGAUGCAAAGGUCUUGUAAUUAUAUUUUAAAUUAUUUAGGGAAUUCGCGUUACUUAGUUGUGCUCGUGACCGCACUUUUCUAUUCACUGCCAAAUGUAGUCUUAGAAUUGUAUAUAAAACUCUUGCAGUAUAUUUCAUUAGGCCAAACUGCCAAUGCUCGCGCAUUGGAAGUUUGGCUUUCUACUUGUUGGUGUCUUCCUCCAACGGUUGUUUGUUGUAUGUAAUUUGAUUGGCCAGUCUCCCUGUUAUACAGGCAAGUGGUGCCUUUAUAGUGACUUAUUUUUAAAGAACUAUUUCAAUUGCAUCUGUGAUGGUUAAUUUCAUCCGAAAUUACCUGUCACAGACCUACACAGUUAAGAUUGUCUACAUUUUGGUAUGGUGCAGAGUUUUGUAUAUAAUUGCGCGAUCAUUUGGUUGAUUCCAUUCCAAAUAAAAUUUUCAGUUGUCAUUCUGUAUGAGUCAAUCCAAUAGACCGAUACUUUACGGAAUUGUUUUAACAUAAAGUUUGUCUUAAGAUUGUUCUGUACUUCAAUGGUGUAUGAUUUUUGAUUGAUAUAAAACAAUGGAUUCAAAUUGUUUCUAAA